GACUGCAGCCUCUCUUUCCUGUAAGACCGGUUGAGGAAGUGAAUUUCGCUGACAGGGCUGGGUUCACUGAGGGAGAGGCGAACAAAACAUCUUCCGCGGGGGACAGAAAAAAAACAACAAGAAACAGAGAGGAGCGGUUUGACAAACCAUUCGAAGGCUAUAAGGCGUACAGUCACCGGUGAAAUCGUGCCCCCCCUGCCCAGCUGAGACCACCGCAGACAUGAGUGAACAGCAGUUAGACUGUGCCCUGGAUUUGAUGAGGCGUCUGCCGCCUCAACAAAUUGAGAAGAACCUCAGUGACCUCAUUGACCUGGUACCCAGUCUGUGCGAGGACCUUCUCUCCUCUGUGGACCAGCCCCUGAAGAUCGCCCGCGACAAGAUGGUGGGAAAAGACUAUCUGCUCUGUGAUUACAAUCGGGAUGGCGACUCCUACAGAUCCCCGUGGAGUAAUAAGUACGACCCUCCCAUUGAAGACGGUGCCAUGCCUUCAUCUCGCUUGAGGAAAUUGGAGGUGGAAGCCAAUAACGCCUUUGACCAGUACAGAGACCUGUACUUUGAGGGUGGCGUCUCAUCAGUGUACCUCUGGGAUCUGGACCACGGCUUUGCUGGCGUUAUUCUCAUCAAAAAGGCUGGAGACGGAUCCAAAAAGAUCAAAGGGUGUUGGGACUCCAUCCAUGUGGUGGAGGUGCAGGAGAAGUCCAGCGGACGCAACGCUCACUACAAACUCACCUCCACCGUCAUGUUGUGGCUUCAGACGACUAAGAGUGACUCUGGCACUAUGAAUCUGGGCGGCAGCCUCACAAGACAAACGGAAAAAGACGAUACGGUUGGAGAGUCCUCACCUCACAUUGCCAACAUCGGACGCCUCGUUGAAGAAAUGGAGAACAAGAUUCGCUCCACACUGAAUGAUAUCUACUUUGGGAAGACCAAGGAUAUUGUCAACGGAUUGAGAUCUAUUGAGUCUUUGCCCGAUAACCAAAAGUACCGGCAGCUCCAGAGGGAGCUGUCGCAGGUUCUCACCCAGCGUCAGAUCUUCAUUGACUAGGGUCGGAGGAGUGUUACAUCUCUGGCCGACAAGUCAAAGCAGGAGGCUCUCCAAAGCGAACUGUUCAAGGCGCUCAAACUGAAAAGCCAAAGCUAGAGAUGCUACUGUUCUGUCCGUUUUGCUCCGCCAUCUCGUCUCUCCUUUUUUCCCCCCCCUUUUUUUUUUUUCUUCUUCUUCCCCGUCUCUCCUUCACCGCCUCCUCCUCCGUGCUGCACUCUUGUUUAUUUGUGGGAAAGAAAAAAACAACACACAAAUUAAAAAAGGAGAAAAUGCUUAGCUUUUCUCUCUCGCCCUCUCUCCUGUCACGUUUUGUUGUUUUCAUGUUCUCUCUCCAUGUUCGGAAGCCAUUCACUCACACUCCCUUCCAUGUGAUAAAACUAACGAUAGCGUUAUGACGGUUAACGAUAAUCUUGCGGUGUGAGGGUCAGUUUAGAACUAACACCCCCCCCCCCUGCAAUGUCCUCAGUCAUUGGGAACUGAACGAUCUUUAUUUCCUCUCAGUUGAAGAGACAAACUUGCACAGGCCGUGUUCUCUUCUAGGUGGGGGCGUCAUCAUGAUGCACAUCAUAUUUCUUGCACCCCCCCCUAAUCUAACCUUACAUUUAUUUGUCUGAAUUAAUGACUGUCCGUUUAGUCUUCCCUUCACGCGGAGGCUUUUGCCUCGUGUCGGAAGAUUUUUUACUCGUCAUCUGUCGGCAUGCAUGUGAGCCCGUGUGUGAGCGAGGAGCUGCAUUCAAUGGAAAUACUUCCCGCCAUAAUAAUGACCCCCACCCCGCCCCCCCACCUUGCCACAAUGUGGAUAUCAUGAUCAUGAAAGUAUCUUAACUCUUCUGUCUGCUCACCUUCUAUGUCUUUGUUGGGGGUCACAAUUUUUGUGUCAGUGGAAACCUUUGACCGUUUCCAUUUUGGAGGGGAAACUUUGUAUUUUGUUUUUGUUUUAAUUUUGUAAAGCUUAUGAUUCAUAUUGUAUUAGAGCCUCCAGCAACAAUAAAAAGUAAAAAAAGA